AUGGCCAGUCCCGACAGCGAGGCCCUAUGCCAGACCAUCUCACUCGCCGAUAUCCAGCCCUUCGAAGAAUAUCUGAAGAGGGGAAAUAUAGACUUCAAUCAUCGCGACUGCACAGGAAGAACACCAUUGCAACUAGCUUGCGUCGCUUCCUCCCCGGCAAUCGUGCGGAGCCUCAUCGAAGCCGGUGCCCACAUCACCCCGCGGACGAAAGAUGGACAAACCGCACUACACCUUGCUGCUAAGCGAGGAAAUGCUGAAAUCAUUCGAAUUCUCUUAUCUAAGAGUGCUGAAAACAAACACAAAGCCUACCCAACGGGCGGUCACUCUCCCGGCUCGGGAGAGGAGUUGGACAACGAGCUGGACACAGAUGAACAUGGAGACUCGGUCCAUUUGCUGCGAAUAGAUCCUACCGACCGUUCACCCGCUCGUAGGAUAUUCGAAGACAUAGACGAAGUCGGCGCAGAUGUUUACAAGCAUCCCGAUGUCAUAUCCUGGAAGGACUUCACCACGCCGCUGCAUCUUGCAAUCCUGCACGGGCACACUGAGGCCGUCGUCGAACUACUUUCCUUUGGAGCGAAUCCCGUUACGUCGCUCAGGACAUACCCUCCGGCCAGCGACCUGCUCAUCCCCCGGUUCAGACCACAGACCGGUCUACUUCCAACUCUCUAUCUGUCCUUGCUCCUCCCCCGCGAAAAGGCCAGAGAGAUAUCGCGGAUCCUACUUGAUGAAAGCGGCGUCUCCGUUGCCCAGGUAAAUCCGACCCGGACGACGCUGUUGCAAUACAUCGUUGCAUCUGGAUACGAUGAGCUUCUCGAUUUAUACACGCAGAUCGACGAAAAAGGAUUCAAACUCGCACUGGACUAUGUAUACGUGAAACCAGCUCUUUUUCCGCGUGUGUAUUCAGUUUUGAAUACGGCUCUCGAUUUGAAGAGAGAGGCCGCGGCAAUGAAACUACUCGAGGCUGGAGCGAAGCCUUUUAUUGGGUAUGAGGAUUUUAUCGAGAAUGUCGAUUUCGCGAAAUUUCGUCCCCCUAAGCGGCUGGAUUUCUCGUCGAGAUAUUAUCGACUGGCUGGGCAGCCUAUUAUAUCUGCUGUUGAGAAUGAAUUGCCUCGGGUUGCAAUGGAGAUUCUUAGGCGAGAGGCGGAUCCAUGCACCUGGAGGUAUUUGUCAACUGGUCAUACUCGUGGAUAUUCAGUUCUGGACGCGGUGUGCCAGAAACUUGAAAGCUUGAAAGCCUUUUUGAGUCCGUCUUUACACCAGCAGGGGGCUCUGAGGCCGUUUGAUGAACAUAAGGAAUACUUCUCGGGCCUUGCGGAGGGUACAUAUCAAAUGUGGGCCGGGAAGGUCAUCCUGGACAGAGCACAUAGCUGCUAUAAAAAUAUGCAGAGGGCACAUGAAGGAAAGAAGAAAGAGCCCAACAAGCCUCAAGGGUUCGAUGCGAAAAGACAAGCAGUCCAAAGUCUGAUUGUGGACUACGAGAUACUGAAAGAAGAACUGCUAGCUCGAGGCGCAAAACCAUUCAAGGAACUUCAUCCUGAAGCCCCUACAUCCGAUAGGGAGUCACAAGCAAGACGAGAGUACACCGGCGAUAUAUACAAUAGGCCAGCAUUAUCUCCGUUUGAGUCUGGCCAGGAAGCAUAUUUGGAACUAUUCGAAGCAGCAUGGCAAGGCGAUUCGGAGACUAUUAAGCGACUAGCCCUGGAAAAGCAGGGCGACAACGGACUCGAAGUCUCCAAAUGCGACAGAUUAGAUCUCUCGCCUCUUUCACUUGCCACCCUGAGACGCCACUGGGAUGCCGCAAGACUAAUCGUCCGAAUCUAUCAGGCCCAGUCUCCAAAGUUUGUACAGCCUAGAUAUUUUUUCACGGACGCAUCGCUCGACCGAGAUGCUUUCAACGCUUUUAGUCAUAAGGCAGCCUCACUGUGUAUGUCGAUGUCGACCACUGGUUCGGAUUCAAAUCUGCAUAUGAAUCUGAUGGAACAUGCGGUGAUGGAAAAUGAUCCGCGCUUGUUGGCAUUUCUUUUGGAAAUUGGUGACCUUACCAGCCCUUAUCGCCAUGGCAGACGUCUGGGCACUUUAAGCGAGCGCUAUUUCCUUCUUGCUAUGAAAUUGGGCCGUGUAGAGUGUCUUGCUGAAAUUAUCACCAAAACCGGAUUUGGGAUUCCAUUGAGAGAACCCAAGAUCGGGGAAAAUGAAAGGGCACCGAAGGCAUUGCCAUCAGCAGUGAACCAGCCCAAGAGGAGUGAACGGCCGCCCCUUCUGGCGGCGGCAACACAAGGAAAUCUCGCUGCUACGAAAUGGUUCCUUGGUGCCGACCCCGCUGGGAGCUAUCUUCAGUAUGUUUCUACUCACCCGGAAGAAGAUAGAGUGCAACAGUUUUCCCAGUCCGGAACCAGCUCGAAGGAAGCACUGCAGACAUGGUUGAGUUGGAGAGAUGAUUUGGUUCUUCAUUGUGCAGUAAUAUCCGAACAGUGCGAGGAAUCAGAGGGCCUAAUCCGAUACCUCGUCCAAAACUUUCCCUCGUAUCUGAACAGCAGAUCUACAGAAGGCCACACGCCUCUCGCGUUAGCGUUUUCGCUCCAACGAACCGCCUUCGCCCGUAUUCUCAUCGAUGCAGGCGCCGAUCAAUCAGCCCAUGAUCGAUUCGGGAAUAACAUCCUGCAUUUGACUCUAGUGUCUAUCGAAUGGGAAGCCUGCAAGAAUCCACACGCCCUAACCGAGAUGGUCGGUCUUCUAGAUCGACAAAUCAUCCCAUCCCUGCUCAACAAACGAUGCCAGAGACAUCUUACCCCUCUUGCACGAUGGAUGUCCUAUUGCGAAGGGUCUUAUCGGCCACUUCACUACCCAUCCCGGGACAAUGAUCCCAAUCGCGACAACCGGCUCGCCAUUGCGGAAUUCCUACUCGACCUGGGCGAAUCCAGCAGGCAAAAUCAGUUAGAACUGCGCGAUGCGAGAGGCAAUACCCCUGCCCAUAUCGCAGUCAUGAAACAAUUUCCGGACAUCUUGAGGGCAAUUCUGGACCGGCUUCCAGACAUGUUAUCUUGGGAGAAUUCUUCUGGAAAUACAGUACUUGAAACGGCGCGAGAUGCGUGGGUGGAAUUGGUUCUGGGCGAUCAGGCUCUGCUACUUGAUAUUCAAUGGCCUGCGCUGAGUAGGAAGCCUGGAAUUCAGGACGAUCUGAUCGAUCGUGAUCCACGCUACUUCGUCAGCAGCCCUCUGGAUGCGAGAAAGGUUCCUCAAAUUACGUACGAGCUCUGUCUUGAGUGGGACAGGCUGCAUCCUGGACAGCGGAAACUGUUCAGUCGGAAGAUGGCUGAUGACCUCCUUCUUGGGAAACAUACUAGAUGGGGGCAUUGUUUAGAGGAUUGGUUGUUUCGUGUUGGUAGAGACGUGGUGUAA